UAUAUAUAUAUCUUCGCUUAAACUAGGGUUUUCAAUACACUACACAGCAGCAUUGAAAGAACUGUAAAAUAAGCCAACAAUUCGGAAGGAAGAAGUCAGAUAAACAAUCAUUGACUGUUUAUGUCUUUCAGUGUCUUAAUUUUCGCUAAUAAUGAGCAUUAGACAUUGGGAUGACGAAUGUGAGGAUGUGAUAUACUCUGUCACAUCUUAUUAUUUUGUUGGGGACAAGGGGGAGUCGGUAUGUUAUUCGGUAUUGCCUAUCCUUUGGUGUGAGGAGCCAAAGGUAGUUGAUGUGGACAGGAAAAUAUUCUUGCAAGGGUUUACUUAUAGUGGUCACCAGAAGGUAUAUAAGCAGGUUAAAGCAUGGAAAUUUGAUCUUUCAUCAUUCGAUCAAGUUAAGGUGGAAGUGCUCUCCAAGGAGAAUAAAUGGAUAGUCUUGGAUGAACCUAGAAAAAGUUAUGAGGAGAUUAAUAGAACAAUUAGGUUGACUUUAUGCUGCCUGCAAUAUUUGAAAAGGAAUCCUCGUGCUCCAGGAACUUCCUUGUUGUCGAACGUCUCUCCCAGUUUCAACAGGGGCACACUAUCUCCUAAGAAUGAUUUAAGGGGUCAUUUAACCGUCAUUAAAUCUGCAGUUGAACAUGAUAAUACCCUAAAAACUUCUAAGUUUCUUCUCGCAUUUCUGGAGAGUCCCAGGAAAGCAUUUGCUAAGAAUAAAGGUGCUGGUUUAGUUACGAAGAAAGCAAAACUUAAUGUUAGAGAUGAUCGUGAAGAAUUAAAUGAAGAGAAGACAAAUACAGAUGACACUGUUUGUGCCAUUUGUGAUAAUGGUGGUAACAUUUUAUGUUGUGAUGGGGAGUGCAAAAGAUGCUUUGAUGCAACUGUAGCAGAUGCUGGUGCUGAUGCAAAUUGUGAAUCCUUGGGUCUUUCUAAGGCUGAAAUAGAUGCCCAAAAAUUCAUUUGCCUGAACUGUAAAUAUUGGCAGCACCAGUGUUUUGUGUGUGGAAAGUUGGGUUCCUCUGAUUGUUCUUCUGCUCGAGAGGUAUUCAGCUGUGCUUCCUGUGGCCAUUUUUAUCACCCAAAAUGUGCCGCAGACUUUCUUUAUCCAACAAAUGAAGUGGAAAAUAAACAUCUUCAAAAAAUCAUUGCUACAGGGGGGUCAUUUACAUGUCCUGCCCAUAAAUGCUAUAAAUGUAAACAAGCAGAAGAUAGUCUGGUACGUGAAUUGCAGUUUGCAGUAUGCAGACAUUGUCCAAAGGCAUAUCACCGUAAAUGCUUGCCGAGGGAUAUUGCUUUUGGUUAUGCGGAGAAACUUGGCCUUGUUCAGAGGGCUUGGGAUAAUCUGUUGCCAAGAAAUCGUAUACUGUUAUUCUGCCAGAACCACAAGAUUGAAAAAGAUCAAGGGACACCAUCAAGAAACCACAUUGUAUUUCCUAAUGUUGAGGUAAAGGCAAAAGUGCAGUCUAUGCAAUCAGGCAGCAAAGAGUACUUAAAAGGAAGAGAAUGAUUCCGGAAGAGUUGCAGGAAAGUACAUCUGUGGGACCAAGAAAUUUAGUUGAAAUGAUGGCUCCUUGGAAACAAAGUAAAUUUGUAGAAAACAAACCCAAAAGAUUCUCCGUCCAACGACUGGUUUCUACAAAAAGAUUGAGCACCUGUAGUGCCUCAAAAGUGAUUCCAAAUGACAGUUUUAAGCCUGUGAUAGAUCUUUCUUAUAAGCAGCAAAAGGUACUUGCAAGACCAAUUUGUUCAAAACCUUCGCCAGACGCGGAAGCAGGAAAGAGAUCGAACUAUUUAUAGUGAUGUAUUUUAACAAAUACAGUUAACUAAGUAGGUGGAGUCAGAGUCUGUUGGUUGAAGAUGUCAGGAUCUGCUUGAUGUUUCUAUGGCUAAAAUGUCCAAGCUCUGUAAUUAUCUUUUGGUCCAAGUUAAUAGGAAAAAAGAACUCUAAAACUAAAUUAUUCUUUUUAUUUAUGCUAGGAAGCAUAAAACUCAGUCUGUAUGGGGAUUCCUGUCCUCCUUUUUUGGCCCCUUUUGUUAGGAAGGAAUCCCUAAAGUUUGUAACACCAUGUUUGUUUACUCCUGACUCAUCCGAGUCGUCUGGAUCUGAAUCAUCUGGAUCUGA